AUGAAUUAAUUUUUUAGUUACUUUCAUAAUCUCAUUAACACUACUUUAUUACUAUAUAAAAUUAGUAAUUCCCUAACCUCAAAGACUGAUAUUUAAAAAAAAAAAAAUCAUAUUUAACUAUUUAUUUAAGUAGUUUUCUUUUGUUUAAUUUUAUUAAGUUCAAAAAAAAAAAAAAAGAAUAAUUAAUUAAUAUUAUCACCUAGUGGAUUGGGAGGUAAUAUUAAACCUGGAUUGUUUUCAAAGCAUUGUGAAUUAAACAAAUUUAAUAAAUAAAACAGUUUUAAAGUUGAGGAGACUCUGACUCCCAAACUCUUCGAAACUAAAGAAUCAAGUUUUGCUCCUUAGCCAAAAUUACAAAAAAGUCAAAGGUAGUUAUAAAUCUUUUAAUAAAAAGUGCUUCUCGGUUGGCUCUGCCUAAAGAAUCAAAGCAAUAUAGAGUAGAAAGGUAAGAGUUAGAUAAUAUACCAAAUAUCAAGCAUAAUUAGAUGAAUGAACUAUCUUCAAAAUUAUAUCGAGAACUUAUAGAAUUUAAUGAAUAGGCAGAUUUUGGAGGUUAAAAUGAAAUUUAGUAGUGGAGCGACGAUAUGAUAAAAAAAUUGUUAAUCAUUAAAAUAGUUUAGAAUGUAUUAUUCAUAUGAUCAUUAAGAAUU